CUCGAAAAGCACCGCAGCCAACAUCCCACAUCAACCAUGGCCACCCCCUCCCGCCCAACCCGCCCAAUCCAAAAAUUUGCAAGCGCGGUGGCAAAGUGCCCUUCAGAGGUAGGUUACCCUGCUUCCCCCUUCCUUCCCCGCGGGAAACGAAGUGGUAAUGGCGAGGGAUGCCGUAGGUAUCCGCAUACGGUAGAUGUGUGGUUGCGGAUUACAACAACGUUCACAAGGAUAAGUGCCUCGAGGAGUUUUUAAGGUUGAGGGAGUGUGUCCGGGGGGGUGCCAAGGUGAGUUGAGUUGUCUCGUCCUUGGUCGGUUGGUCGGUUGGUUGGAUGGGUGGGUGGUGGGGGACUGACUUGGGGGUACUGUAGAAGAAGGGGUAGGCGGAGGGAGGGAGAUAUUCCGCAGGCUGGGAGGAGGAGAUUCCUGCUCUAUCGUAGUACUUUCGAUAUAUCAUAUAUAUAUAUAUAUAUACUAUCUCGUGUCGUUAUGCUGCCGGUAACUGAUGUUUCAUAGAGGUUGCAAUACCGGUAUCACAGCGCUGAGCGCUGAGCCCUGUAGACUACCCAAUCGAACCGGUCCAGAUGAAUGGGUCCGAACAUUAUACGAGAGUGUGUAUUGUAUUAUAUAAUUAUUACUAGACAAAAAAAUCUUAGAAGGGAAUAGUAAGCUUUGAGUCUU